AUGUAUGUUGAGAUGGUGAGGUUUUAUACUGAGUUAUUUGGCUUUGAAGAUUCCGGUGUCAAAAGCUGCGAUGUGGAUGUUCUUAAGGGGUUGCUGGGGUAUGAACUCUCUUGUGAUGUUGUUGUCUCCUUAGUGAAGGAGGUGGCCUGGGAUAUUGUUCAAGUGGAUUUCUUGGCUGCCAUUAAAGAAUUUUUUCAGAGUGGUACCUUGUUGCUUGCCUUCAAUGCUACAUCCAUUGUCCUUGUGCCUAAGACUCCCAAUGCAGUUCUUGCUGCCCUGGGGCUUCUUGAGGUUUUUAGAGUUUGGAUCAGGUCUUGUAUCACUGGUGCAAGAUUCUAUGUGGCUUUUAAUGGGAGCUUAGUGGGGGUUUUUAAAGGGAGGAGGGAAAUUAGGCAGCGUGACCCACUGUCCCCAUAUCUUUUUAUCCUGGUUAUGAAUGGUCUGUCUCAUUUGAUAAAUGUUGCUGCUAAGAAUGGUUUAAUUCGGUUCCAUCCUAAAUGCAAACGUGUUUCUCUCACCCACCUUAGUUUUGCUGAUGAUUUGCUUAUUUUCUGCCAUGGGGAUGAGAGUUCUAUUUUGAGUGUUGUUGGAGUCUUGGGGGUUUUCUAUGAGCUGUCUGGCCUUCAACUGAAUGCUGGUAAGUCUGAACUGUUUGCUUGUGGGGUUCAUAAUGAUAUUUUGAGCAAGGUGCAAGCAGUUACUGGUUUCAAAUUGGGAAGAUUUCCAGUCAAGUACCUUGGAGUGCCUCUAAUCACUAGAAAAUUACUGGCCAAGGACUAUCUUCCUUUGAUUGACAAGAUCAAAAGCAAACUGAGUAUGUGGUCUAAGUUGAGGUUGAGUUAUGGUGGUAGGCUCCAACUUAUUCAAUUUGUGCUUUUCAGUAUCUCUAAUUACUGGUGUAGGCAGCUGGUCUUACCUAAUGAGGUCAUCAAGCAGGUUGAUCAGCUUUGUAUGAGAUUCUUUUGGAAGGGGGGAGACAUUCCUGCUAGGGGGGCUAGAGUUAGUUGGCUGCAAAUGUGUUGGUUAAAAUCAGAUAGUGGUUUGGGUUUAAAAAGCCUAGGUUGUUGGAAGAAGGUGUGUUGUUUCUUGUUGAUCAAAAACAUUCUAGCAAAUGCAGGGUCACUUUGGGUGGCCUGGAUCAAAGAAUAUGCUCUGAAGGGGACUGCUUUUUGGGAAGCUAGUACCAAACCUCAGCUUAGCUGGAUCUUGAGAAAACUUCUUAAGCUUAGAAAUGAAGCUGCAGAUUUAUUUGGAAGUGUAGUGGACUAG